AACGCUAGUGCAAGCCUCGAAGAGCGGAGAAGGCCAUCACCUUUUGAUGGUCGACGGCGACCAACAAUGCUCUUGAUCAGUGCUGGUGGUGUGAUAACAUUGCGCAUAUCCUUGCGGCCGUCUUGCUCCCGUUCUCUCCAGAUCUGGCUUGCUUCGUCUCACUAGCGACGUUCAAGCAUGAGCGCACCAAAUGCUGCGAAGAAAACUGAUAGUGAUGCUGGAAUGUGGGUUGAAGACGAGAUGAAAAUCCAAAACCACAAGGACACAAUGCCACGAAGUCAUGAGCAAAAGAGCGAGCAUUCAGGGCCAGUAUCUGAUGUUGAUCCAGGCGACCCAAUGAAUUGGCCUUUAUGGCUCAAGAUUGUCAUUCUUAUCCAGACGUCCAUUCUUGCUGCACUUGGCGGCCUCAAUACAGCUGCCAUUAACCCCGCAUAUGGGCUCCUUGCCAGAGACUUCGGUAUCAACAAGGUCAGAGCCUCAUACCAGACGACUGUCUGCAUCGCACUCAAUGGCGCCGCACCAUGGCUAUGGAUUCCGCUGUCCAACAAAUACGGACGCCGUCCUGUCUACCUAGCUACCACCUUCUUGGGUUUUGCGUCCGCCCUAGGCUGUGCGUACACUCAGACUUUCGCUCAACUCAUUGUCGCAAGAGUAUUCAAUGGUCUCUUCCCCGUGGCCUUUGCCUUGGGAGCAUCCACCAUAACAGACCUAUUCUAUUACGAACAGCGUGGCAGAGCCAUGGGCUUCUUCACCGUCUUGAUGACAACCGGAAGCCAUAUAGCACCCAUUGUCGGCGGUCUCCUAGGGCAGUACUGUGGGUGGCGUUGGAUAUUCAAGUUCGUUGCCAUCGUCGACGCCUUCAUGUUGGUAGUGGCCUUCUUCUGCCUCCCAGAAACACUCUACAUCAGACAAGCGGCGCAAUCUCCUUCCAAUCCCAGCGCGACGGGACCCACGAGUGAGAAAGCACCCAAACCCAAAUUCAACAAAGCCAUCUACUUCUCGUCUCUACGGCUAUAUUCACACUUUCCCCAACUCAAGCUUCGGCCAAAUCAGUUCGUACUUCCAGCAUUGAAGAUGGCCAAAUAUCCAUCCGUGACCUUCCCAGCACUAUAUUAUGGUACUAUAUACGGGUUCGCCUCCAUCCUUCCAGCCGUUACGGUUGCAUCGAUCUUCACGGAGUUCUUCCACUGGAACACGCUGACCAUUGGACUCGCUUACGGAGGCUCACUAACAAUCGGAAGCAUCCUCGGCGAAUGCGUCUCAGGCUGGGUCGUCGACACCAUCGUGAUACGAGAACGACGACGUCUCGGCCGUGAUCCGGAACCAGAGAUCCGCCUUCGAGCGAUCUGGGCAGGAGAAGUGAUUGUUCCUACCGGGCUUCUCAUCUAUGGCUUUUGUUUGCAAUACCACACUGCCUGGAUCGCACCCAUCCUCGGCAUGGGCAUUGCAUGCUUUGGUCUGCAGAUCAUCACGACGACAACGUAUACAUAUGCCACCGACUGUUACAGGACGGAAAGUGGUGAAGUCGCUCAAUUGUUCAACUUCAUCCGUCAGGAAAUCGGCAUGACGUUCGCCUUCUAUGCAGUUAACCUCGCAAACCAUAUCGGGUAUCAAUGGACGUUCCUCAUGUUUGCACUCAUCGGUGGAGGCUUGGCUUUUGUGCCGAUGCUGCUUAUCAUAAUCUACGGCGAGUCGUGGAGGAAGGAACUGGGGAAACCGGUCGGCGUCAAUGCGUUUGACAGUAUGCUCGAGGCAGGAGACGAGCGGAACCAGGCCCAGAAAUGGGUGCGCAAUAGCGUCUAACAUACAUUUGCGCUUACGAAGAUACGACUCAACGAUUACAAUGAGAUAUGAUGUGUGGGGAGAUGGUCACGGAUGAGCUGGGGCACACCAUCUAAAUUAAUUAUACCCCAGAUCUCGGGUGCCAGACCGAUCUGCAUCCUGCAAGGCUGAUCGAAAAUUACGGCUUUUGAAGC